UACGAUUGAGGAUAAUAAGAGUUCAUCUAUCGAAUUCACUUAUCUUGGUAAAUUUUACUCCAUGACUAUGGAUGACAGGGUUGAGCAGCGUGAAAUGGUGUUGAACGAGUAUCAUGGUUGAACAUUCAUGAUAUCGUGAGAGGUGGCGUACGUGCAAUUUAACGGUAGGGAGAAUUUUACAAAUUGCACGACUACCUUUAGACAACGCUUGUAACGUUUCAUAGAAGUGCCAGCAAGAGGCUUCUGUAUACACGAGGCAACAUUUUUACCGGGCUUUUUCAAGAGGAGUGAUUCUUUUGAUAAACAACAUGUCGCUGGAUACUCUGAGCGACGCAGAAUUGCGUAGUAAACUAAUGGAAUAUGGGUAUCCAGUGGGCCCGGUAACGCAGACCACUAGAAAGAUUCUCGUAAAGAAGCUAAAAAAUCUCAUGGAAAGUCGAAGUGGUACAAGCUCGAGGCAUUCAUUAGCUGCCAGAUACAGCAGUGAGGAUACAGAUGACGACACAAGUUCAACGACUAGUAAAAAGAAAAAAACCACAGCAAAUGCUAGAAGGCAAACACUGGCAAAUCCAAUGCCACCACCAGCUGUCGUAUCUUCCGGAGUAAAUAUAUCAAAGAAUCCAAUUAAAGACAAAGCAACACCUUCGGAGUUUAAAGAUCCUGCAGCACUAGAUUAUGAUAAUUCUUUGCAAUUUACGACUCGUACAAUAACAAAAACUACUCAUAAAAAAUAUACAAAAACUAAUAAGAUAUCAACUGUAAAUGAUGGCUUGGAGACUGGUUCAGAUUCAGAUGUUGUUGAAGAAGUAACUAAAUCAUAUUCUCCACCUAAAUAUUUGUCAAGUGUUGGAAAACUUCACGAGCCUAGAACAUAUGAACAUAAUGUCUCUGAUCAAGAUCAAGUUUCAAAGUCGUAUGAUUCAAAAUCAAGAUCUGUUCACACGAUAAAAGAUAACAAAUACAAUGACUCACUCUUUGAUUCAAACAUUUCUCCAAUACACUCGGUCAAUGAAGAUGUAUGUACAAAAUUAGACACAAAUCAAAGAGAUCCUUUGACAAAUUAUGAUACGCCAUUUUUGUCAGAAUUUACUAGAAGACUUAGUUCAAGAUCAUCUGUCAAUUUACCAAGUUCAUCUUUGUCUAGCUUAAAAAGUCCACCAUCGCGUUUUACAUCAAAUUUGCCAGACUUAAAAGAAAAAGAUUCUAAUGGUCAUUUUUCUUCUUUAAGAUCAUUGUAUCCAUCCAGUUCAAGUUCUAGAUAUGCAACAUCAUUCACCGAUAGAUCUCGAGAAACAAUGAACAGAGUAUUUAAACCAUCAUCCGCAAAUAGGGAAGAUAUACGGAAUAACCACAAUAUGGUAUCUGUAAUUUUGGUAGUGGUACUUGCUUUAUUUUUCGGAUUCCUUGCUAUUAUAUACAUGGGACUUGGUGGAAAAACAGAGACCUUUCCAUCACUUUCAACGGAUAGCAACAUACCAUUAUGUUUCGUUGGAGAUGACCGUGAAGCACCUGGAGCUAGCUGUGUAAUGAAAGAAAACGUAGAUUCCGUAUUACAAUUAUUGAAACGACUUCAACCGAUUUUAACGAGAAAAGCUGUGUCCAUGAUAUGCGACAAUUCCAGUGAAACCCCUUAUUUGACCGAUUCGGAGAUUAUGCAAAUGUUUACGAGUAAUAAAGUGACAAGUCUAGAAGUAAAACAAGAUUUGCAAAACGCACAAUUACUCGUCAUAAAGAAUCCGAAAUGGGGCAUUUCUCUUAUAGAUAUAAGUGAUGGUAAUGGAAAUGGCGACGUUUUGGAUUCCUUGGAUAAGUUAUUUUCUACUCGUCUAAGUGGGAAAGUUGGAAUGGUGAUUAUGAAUCCUGAGUUGCCAAUGCAGUGUCUCGUCAAGAAUAAGCUUUUCACCAUAUUCUCUUCCCUUCUAAUCGUAUCAUUUGGCCUUCUAGCAGCUACAGGGAUACAGAAGUUAUUCGUUUGGUAUAUAAGAUAUAAGAAAAAUGUAGAGAAAGAAGUGUUUAAACUUGUUAGUGACAUUAUUAAUAUGGUCGAAACGCAUCAUCAAAAUGCGGCAGUUGCAUCACCGGGUGGCACUACGCAAGAGAGCUUUCUUGCAAUAAAUCAUGUACGUGAUAAUCUUAUAGCGCCAAAAGAUCGAAAAAAAAUGGCAGGACUUUGGGAAAAAGCAGUAAAAUUUUUAGACGAAAAUGAAUCCAGAAUUCGAAGAGAAGUACAACAAGUUUCGGGAGAAGAAUUCCAUGUAUGGCGCUGGUUGCCUAACAAUAGUCUUAACAAAUCAAACAGCCAAAACUUUGUUUUAAACAAAAAAUCUAAAGUCUGGCAAGGACAAGCAUUUGAAACAAUGGAAGGUUCUGCCAAUAGUUUAACUUGUUCGCCAACACCCUGCUUGAAGAUAAGGCACAUGUUUGAUGCUGACGUAGAAUUCGAAGACGAUUGGGAAACAAAGGUACAAGAUGCUAUUUUGGAAAAAUGCGGAGAGGGCGUAAAAAUUCUUCACAUCCGUGUAGAUCGUGGUAGUCGAGAAGGUUGUGUUUACAUGAAAUGUAUGUCACAAGACGACGCGGGGAAAGCUUAUAGGGCUUUACAUGGAUGUUGGUUUGAUGGUCAUUUAGUAACCGUAAAGUACCUGAGAUUGGAGAGAUAUUAUGAAAGAUUUCCAGAUGCACGUCGCUGUACGACACCGUUGAAACCAAGUAACAAUCAACGAUUAUCUAUGCAGGCUGAUUAUUAGUAGAAAUGCUAUAUAAAUGUAAACUGACAAAAUACCUCUUUGCUUGUAUAUAUAUAUGAAUAACAAGCAGAAUUUGAAUUUUUGCCGCUGAAAUAAUUGUUUGCGGACCAGAAUUCGUGAAACUUUUAUAAAAUAUUCUAUACUUCUAGAAAAGUAUAGAAUUUUAUUGUCGCGCAGAAAUGUAGAGUAUAUGCAGACUCGCGAUUGUGUGAUAGAAUUCUAAAGAUUGAUUAGUCAGAGACUUUUUUAUAAGCAUUUUCAUUUUGAUUUUGUAACAUGUAUAUCAUGUUCUAUCACCUUUUUUUAAGGCUAGAAAAUUGAGGAAGAUACAAGACUCAAUGAUUAUAUUAUUUAUAAAAUUGCAAACUGUAACUGUGUAAAGUAAGUGUGAAGACGCAAUUUUUAACGCUACAUUUUGUGAGGAAGUAGCAAUAUGCAAAUUGAUAGUAUCCAUAUCCAAAUUUCUGUAUUACAUAAGGUUUUUUUUCAUGCGUUAAGGAAACAUUAAUUUACCGCGUGAUAUUUAAUCCUGCGACACGGCAAUAUCUUUUUCGCAUUAUUAAGCAUUCUUGCAUUAUACUAAUAUUUAGUAAACUAGCAUAACAAUAUGUUAUUAUCACUCAAUUUGAUAAUGUGUAGAUAGAAAUUAAUUAAAUAGUAUAUUUUUUAGAUAAACAGUAACGAGAAAAACUGAUCUUGAA